AUGCCAAAGGUCGCCAUUAUUAUCUACACACUAUACGGACACACUUCCCAAUUAGCUGAAGCUGAAAAGAGAGGUGUCGAAGCAGCCGGUGGGUCCGCUGACAUUUACCAAGUCGCUGAAACUUUGACUCCAGAUGUUUUCAAGGCUCUAGGUGGUGCUCCAAAGCCAGACUACCCAAUUGCCACUGCUGAAACAUUGACCGAGUACGACACCUUCUUAUUCGGUAUUCCAACCAGAUUCGGUAACUUCCCUGCUCAAUGGAAGGCUUUCUGGGAUAGAACUGGUGGUCUAUGGGCCAAGGGUUCCCUACACGGUAAGGUUGCAGGUUGCUUCGUCUCUACCGGUACCGGUGGUGGUAACGAAGCCACUAUUAUGAACUCCUUGUCCACUUUGGCUCAUCACGGUAUCAUCUACGUCCCAUUGGGUUACAAGAAUGUUUUCCCAGAAUUGACCAACUUAGAAGAAGUCCACGGUGGUUCUCCAUGGGGGGCUGGUACCAUUGCUGGUGCCGAUGGGUCUAGAUCUCCAAGUGAAUUGGAAUUGAAGGUACAUGAAAUUCAAGGUAAGACCUUUUACGAGACUGUUCAAAAAUUUUAA